GGUGGUUUCCGGCGGACGUGGUGAGAGUCGCACGCGCAGCCGGGAAGGUGUGAGUUGUGAACGGCUCGGGUCUCCGCCAUGGCCUCUCUACUCGCCAAGGACGCCUACCUGCAGAGCCUGGCCAAGAAGAUCUGCUCCCAUUCGGGCCCGGAGCAGCAGGCGCGCACGCGGGCUGGCAAAACUCGAGGCUCAGAAGCUGCAGGGCCCCCAAAAAAGAAAAGGAAGAAAACACAAAAGAAAUUCCGGCAGCGGGAAGAGAAGGCUGCUGAGCACAAGGCCAAGUCCUUGGGAGAGAAGUCUCCAGCAGCCUCUGGGGCCAGGAGGCCUGAGGCAGCCAAAGAGGAAGCAGCUGGGGCUUCCAGUUCAGCAGGGAACCCUGCAGAUGGCCUGGCCACUGAGCCUGAGUCUGUCUUUGCACUGGAUGUUCUGCGACAGCGACUGCAUGAGAAGAUCCAGGAGGCCCGGGGCCAGGGCAGUGCCAAGGAGCUGUCGCCUGCCGCCCUGGAGAAAAAGCGGAGGAGAAAGCAGGAACGGGACCGGAAGAAGAGGAAGCGAAAGGAGCUGCGGGCGAAAGAGAAGGCCAGGAAGGCUGAGGAGGCCGCGGAGGCCCAGGAGGCGGUGGAGCCAGCCCCAGAGGGUGCUUGCACGGAGCCGCGGGAGCCGCCGGGGCUGAUCUUCAAUAAGGUGGAGGUGAGCGAAGAUGAGCCGGCCAGCAAGGCUCAGCGCAGAAAGGAGAAGAGGCAGAGGGUGAAGGGGAACCUCACGCCGCUGACCGGGAGGAACUACCGGCAGCUGCUGGAGCGCCUGCAGGCACGGCAGAGCCGGCUGGACGAGCUGCGCGACCGGGAUGAGGGGAAGGCGCAGGAGCUGGAGGCCAAGAUGAAGUGGACCAACCUCCUGUACAAGGCGGAGGGCGUGAAGAUCCGCGAUGACGAGCGCCUGCUACAGGAGGCCCUGAGGCGUAAGGAGAAGCGGAGGGCGCAGCGGCAGCGCCGGUGGGAGAAACGCACGGCCGGCGUGGUGGAGAAGAUGCAGCAGCGCCAGGACCGGCGUCGGCAGAACCUGCGCAGGAAGAAGGCGGCCCGCGCCGAGCGCCGCCUGCUCAGGGCCCGCAAGAAGGGCCGCAUCCUGCCGCAGGACCUGGAGCGCGCAGGCCUGGUCUGAGUCUUUCCCACCUGGGGCUGCCGUCUCUGUCCUGGGAGGCUCCAGGGGACCCUCUGA